AAUUGAUACUGCGCAUCUGAGUGCAGGGAAAGUUCGUCAGUCCCCACACACGGGAAUUAUUAUCACAAACAUGGACCUCAAAGAAGUGUUUACGACAAUCUUUGACCAAAAUCGGAAAGUCGCACUAUACGCCGCAGGCACAACGGUUGCAGUGCUGGGACUCGGUCUCGUGUUUAAAUACAUGCGUCGGGAGGAAAAGUUAACUCGAGUGGGAGUUGUAACUAAACUGCUGGUUCAUCCGCUUAAGUCUGGGAAAGCAGUGUCGGUGGAGGCAGCUGAAUGCCUGCGAAUGGGGCUGAAAUACGGAGAACUGCGUGAUCGCCACUGGCUGGUCAUCGAGGAUGGCCACAUGGUGACAGGCCGACAGCAGCCGCGUCUGGUGUUGGUGUCUUUGACAUGUGAGGGUGGACAAGUGAGCCUCAAUGGACCGCAGAUGGAGGAGUUGAAGUUUACUCUUAACAAGCCCAGCGAUUUGGUUGUGGACUGCAGAGUCUUCGGAGUAGAUGUCCAGGGCAGGGACUGUGGGGACAAGGUUUCUGAAUGGCUCACUCGAUUUCUGGAAUCAGACAAGCCUGUUCGCCUGGUGCAUUAUGAACCCGAUCUAAAGCCCCAGAGGCCUCAUGAGAAAGAGCCCCUCUUUCCUGAAGAUGAUAAGGUGGCCUACCCCGAUGCUGCUCCCGUCAUGCUCAUGACUGAGGCCUCUAUUGGAGACCUGAACAGCCGACUGGACAAUGAUAUUUCUGUCUUUCAGUUUCGUCCCAGCAUUGUUGUCAGUGACUGUGAAGCCUUCACUGAGGAUACAUGGGAUCAUAUUCAGAUUGGAGAAGUGGAGAUGAAAAGAGUCGUAGGUUGUGGACGAUGCCUUUUUACCACUGUUGACCCUGAGACUGGAGUCAUUUCCCGGAAAGAACCGCUCAACACUCUCAAAACCUAUCGACUGACUGACCCCAAGCAGAAAACCUCACCAAUAUUGGGACAGUAUUACACCGUCAAGAAAACGGGCGUUCUUCAUGUCGGUGAACCGGUUUAUAAAAUCACCUAUUGAAACAGGCCAGACUGGAUACAAUGCAGAAUCAGAUAAUUAAAAUCUAAUGAUUACAAGCAGACAUGCCAUCCUUUACAUACAGUUUCUACACUAGAGUUAGUCAGUCAUAUCUUUCAUCAUUUUUCAAUGAGUGAUCAUAAAUAAUGAGUAUAAAUACAACUAAUAUAUAAUGAUGAUUUUGUAAAGUUGUUCAAAUGUUCAGUGUUAGGAUUGGAGUAGAUCAAAUGUCAUAGAGAUUCCAAACCAAAAGGUGAAUGUGAGUAUUGCACCCAAAAAUCAACAACAAAAACAUAAUUUUUGUGGGAUAUAAAAAAAUAGCUGAUUAAUUCGUUGCCCCCCCCCCCCUCUCUCACACACACACCUACGAGCAUCUGCAAUUAUUUAAUCAAAAGCUAAUGUCAGUAUUAUUUACUCUCAAUAUGAUUUCACCAAUCAGUCAUUGAUUAAUUGAAUAGCAUUACUGAUAAAGUGAUGCUGAAAAGAGAUCAUGCCUACUGAACAUAAAGCUUUUUGAAACCUAACCAGUAUUGUUUUCAUUCGGAGAACAUCCAGUAGAUGGCGCUAUUUCUGUGGUUUGUAAAUGACUGUAGACGUUCAUGUUGACACUGCAUUAUUGUAUAGUUGCUAAGCUAAUUAUGAAAGGAGCAAGAAAAAUGUUUAAAUCGGUUAA